CAAAGAUUGGCAAUUUCCCUAACUACAAAAAGUUGGUAAUUUGGUAUCAAAUGUAUCAUGAAUGACGAAUGAGUUCAUCUCCUUUGACAUUAGCAGCCUCACUAGUCAACAAUAACUUAUUUAGUCAAACUCUCCUAAAUUUUCUAUGCUAUAUCUCUCUUUCUCACCCAAAAUAACUUAAAAACUGAAGAACAAGAUAAAAAUGAACUCUUUUUGAGAAUUGAAUGUGUAACUCUCACUCUUCUACCAUUUUGCUGAUUAAUUCUCACCCUUUUUUAUCCUCAAAAAUCCCAAAAUCCUGCAAUUUUAGGUCAACUAAUUGGAAAAUAAGCUCUAUGAAUUCGUCAAUGGCGCAGCCUCCCAUUUUAUCAGUUGCUUUGCCUUCUGAGACUGGUCGUGUUCUCAGCAUUCAGUCUCAUACUGUUCAGGGUUAUGUAGGCAAUAAAUCGGCUGUGUUUCCGCUUCAACUUCUUGGAUAUGAUGUAGACCCGAUUAAUUCUGUACAGUUUUCGAAUCACACAGGAUAUCCAACAUUUAAAGGUCAGGUAUUAAAUGGGAAAGAACUAUGGGACUUGGUAGAAGGUCUAGAAGCAAAUGGUCUGUUGUUCUACACUCAUCUAUUGACAGGUUACAUUGGUUCAGUCUCCUUUUUGAAUAAUGUCUUGGAAGUUGUUACUAAACUACGAUCCGUGAAUCCUGGGCUUCUCUAUGUUUGUGAUCCGGUCAUGGGUGAUGAAGGAAAGCUCUAUGUUCCCGAAGAUCUGGUGUCAGUAUACAGGGAAAAGGUUGUUCCUGUUGCAUCAAUGUUGACACCUAACCAGUUUGAAGCUGAACUGCUGACUGGUUUGAGGAUUGUGUCAGAACAAGACGGCAGGGAAGCUUGUAGCAAACUUCAUGCUGCUGGACCAGCAAAGGUUGUCAUCACGAGUAUAAAUAUUGAUGGUAAUCUCUACCUCAUUGGCAGCAGUAAGAAAGAAAAGAAUGUGGCUCCUGAGCAAUUCAAAAUAAUGAUACCGAGAAUCCCAGCAUAUUUUACGGGAACAGGAGAUCUAAUGACUGCACUAUUACUCGGAUGGAGCAAUAAGUAUCCUGAUAAUCUUGCUAAAGCAGCAGAGCUUGCUGUUUCAAGCUUGCAGGCACUUCUGCAUAAGACAAUAAACGACUACAGACUUGCAGGAUUUGAUCCCAAGACCAGCAGUCUAGAGAUUCGAUUGAUUCAGAGCCAGGAUGAUAUCCGCAACCCCCAUGUCAAAUUCAAUGCUGAGAUAUAUAGUUAGUGUUUGCUACCUUGUUUGGUUCACUUUUGGAAGUUGCAGUUCUGAAGAAGUCUUAGAAUUUAACUUCUCAGGAAGUGCUCCAAUUUUUUGGUUGACAUUCGGAAGUAGAACUUCCUAUAUGAAGUCGCGUUCACCUAUGGAGGUUAGGAAGCUACAUCUUUUUGUCUGGACUUCUCGGGAAGUUGUACUUUCGGUGUUUUGGUCAACCAAGCACCUUUCCAGAUUCAUAGUUACCUCUUAUUAUAACUUCAAUUGAUUUUCCUGUCAAUCAGACACUUAUUGUAUUUGUACCCAACUGUAAAAACAAUUUUAUUAUAUCUGCACAGAAGCUCAAUAAGUACCACAUCGUCUAUUCGUCUGA